CGUCCUUAUAAAUAGUGGUAUUAACUUUAUUGUUUUUCUUUUGUGGGCCACUUGCUUUGCUCUUUGAUCCUUUAUCCUUUUUGCUUCACUGAACCCCUGUUGAUGCCACCAUCUCAAUCCUCAGCGUGUCACGUUCGCUUUGACGAUCAUCUCCUUUCCCCUAUGGCAUCUUCCAUAUCAUUUCCCGAAUACCCAACGCAUAAGCCUUUGAAAUCCGCUCUAAGGCGUUCUUCGGUGCAACUUUCAACGUCUCCUAGAAUGAGCGCAUUGCCAUCGAAUGAUUCGAGGAUAUCGCUUUCUAGCUCUUUGGAUAGCUCCAAAGCCCCUAAAUCAAAUUCAUCUCGCAAGACAGUAAAGACAAAGUCUAAGAACAAGAAAAAGGAUUUUCAAGCGUUCUAUCUGAACCAGACGUUGUCAGAUCCAUUGAACGGCCUGCUGGAUGUAACUGCCGACCCAGUUCUGAACAUGAAAUUCAGCCAAGAUGGUUCCUAUCUUGCAACCGCCAGCAAAGGCGGUAUCAUUCGCAUCUGGCAAUUAUCACCUGAUUCCUACUCCAUAGAUGAGUUAUUUGUGACGAAACCAAUCCAAGAAUUCACUAGUCAUAAAGCAGCUGUCUUAGAUUUGAGCUGGUCCAAGAACAACUUUUUACUCUCUAGUUCCAUGGACAAAACCGUACGCCUAUGGCACGUGGAAAGGAGCGAGUGUUUGUGCAUUUUUCAACAUUAUGAUAUCGUUACUUGUGUAGAGUUUCAUCCGAAGGAUGAUCGAUUCUUCCUAUCUGGAUCCAUCGAUGCCAAGCUUAGAAUAUGGAAUAUUCCUGGUCAGCGCGUCCAUGUAUGGAACAAGAUUUCCGACACUCAUAUGAUUACGGCGGCUGGAUUUACAAAGGAUGGAACCAAAGUAUGCGCAGGUUCAGCCAUGGGAGCAUUCUUUGUCUAUUCUGCCACCACUCUUGAACUUGAACAUGAAAUCAGUUUGGGCACGGACAGAAAAGUUACUGGCAUUGAAUAUUCUCCCACGCACCCAUCGAUGGUUUUAGUUUCGAGCAAUGACUGUAUGGUGCGCCUAGUAAAUUGCGAUAACCAAAAAUCGAUAUGCAAUUUUAAAGGGUCUGUAAAUACCAAAAUGCAAAUUUCUGCAAGUUUCAGUGACGAUGGUAAAUAUGUAGUAUGCGGAAGUGAAGACAGACGUGUUUACAUAUGGAAAACAAUGGCACAAUUCUAUCAUCAGGAAACCACCGAUGAUAGUGUAACCGACACAGAAACCUCAUCGGUCAAAACAGAUGCCACUGAACCCAUGACGAAGAAGCAGCUCAAAGAAAUUGCAAAGCGGCAAAAGGAAAUUGCCAAGCAAGAAAAAAAGGCGGAGAAAGCGAGAAAAAAGGAAGAAAAACUACUUAUCAAAAAAUUGGCCAAAAAUGAACCAGAAUCAUUUGAAGCCCAUAAACAUACCGUAAUAUCAGCCGUGAUGGCGCCAAUGAAAACACGCCAAUUACUUGCCGUUGACGGUGUAGUCAUGAUCACGGCUGACGAAACAGGAUGCAUUCGAAUAUGGACCUGUACAUCUACCACUGAUAGCGACCAGUCGAGUUCAUCUGAAAAAUCUUCAUGAAAACAAAAAUUACCCAGAAAGAAUACCAUGCUAAAGAAAUACCACAGAAAUUGUGAAUACUUGUACGAUCAAGAGCAAAUACAUAAAU